CCCUACUGCAGGCACACCACGUUUUCAAUUCCAGCCGAUCAGUUGUUAUUCAAGGGAAGUCUAAAGCGGUGGCAGGACAGGCGAAGAUGGAUAUCGACUCGCCGUGGGACGAUGUACCGUCUAAAGCGCAGUCAGAUAUACCGCAAGAGUCAACAGAUAAAGAGAACCAUGCCAGCAACGCCUCAACUCCCUCGAAGCCUUCCAGCAGCGGACCUCGACCCUCCUCGUCCCGGAAGAUACCUGCCCGCAAGAUUGAAGUCCAAUCAACGAAGCUAGAGGCAGUGGAUGAUGCUUUAGAUCCCCUCGGACCUCUAGGGACAGAAUCAGCUCCCGCUGCGCCUUCACUACCAGCAGAACAAGCUCCGACGCCACCGAAGAAGGAAGUCGGUGCAAGGACACCGCAGCCAACGUCUACAUCAUCUCCGGGUAGUGCGCUUUCUGAAUAUGAAGACACCACGCUACCGAUAGGAAGACCCAAGGGUCCGCCUCCAGUCCAGUCACAACCUGCAGGUGCUUCUCGCCAGACUCAGCCAAGCGUGAGCGUUGAACAAGCUGCAAAGCCGACCUUUGACAUAUCAGUGGGAGAUCCGCAUAAAGUGAGUGAUCUGACAAGCAGUCACAUCGUCUACCAGGUUCGGACGAAGACUACAUCAAAAGCAUACAAACAACCCGAAUUCGCAGUCACCAGACGUUACCGAGACUUUCUAUGGCUGUAUAACGCUUUACAUAACAAUAAUCCUGGAGUCGUGGUUCCUCCACCACCAGAGAAACAGGCUGUUGGUCGAUUCGAUAACGAGUUCGUAGAGUCGCGUCGACAAGCGCUGGAGCGGAUGCUCAACAAGAUUGCUGCUCAUCCAAUACUACAUCACGAUGCCGAUUUGAAGAUAUUUCUCGAGAGCGAAGCGUUCAACAUCGAUGUCAAGAACAAGGAAAAUCGGGAACCGGACUUGGGUCAGAACAAGGGCAUGCUGAGUUCGCUUGGGAUCAACGUCGGUUCAUCGAGUGGCAAGUUUGUGGAGCAUGAUGAUUGGUUCCAUGACCGCAAGAUCUAUCUUGACGCGCUUGAGAAUCAGCUUAAGGCACUGCUGAAAGCUCUCGACACGGUAGUUAUCCAACGAAAAGGGCUCGCUGAAGCUGCAGGAGAGUUUGCAGCGUCGUUGAACAAAUUGGCUCAAGUUGAACUCUCACCGAUAUUUUCUGGACCUGUACAGGGUCUCGCAGAUUUGCAAGUUCGAAUCCGGGAAUUGUAUGAUCGGCAAGCACAGCAGGAUGUUUUGACUCUGGGUAUCACAAUUGACGAAUAUAUUCGACUGAUUGGAAGCGUGAAACAAGCGUUCACGCAAAGACAGAAAGCAUUCCAUUCCUGGCAUGCUGCAGAGAGUGAGUUAGCCAAGCGGCGAAGCGCACAUGAGAAGCUGCUACGGCAGGGUAAAAGCCAGCAGGACAAGUUGAACGAGGUUGGUGCUGGAGUCAGCGACGCGGAGAAGAAGGCGCAUCAAGCUCGCCUAUUGUUCGAGGACAUGGGUCGACUCAUGCGAGGGGAAUUGGAAAGAUUUGAACGGGAGAAGGUGGAGGAUUUUAAGAGUGGUGUUGAGACUUUCUUGGAGGGGGCGGUCGAAGCUCAAAAAGAGUUGAUUGAAUUGUGGGAGACGUUCUUAUUACAGAUGGAUGCCGAAGAGGAGGCUCCUAUCAAGUCACCGCCGCCAAUGUCGGUUCAGGCACCAGCAGCAGAGCACCCCGAUCCAGCCAACGAGAGCCACGACGAGACUGAAGCGACACCUGCGACAGCAACGGAUGUAGCUUUAGAGCAGGAUGCGUGAUAUAAGAGCUCAUGGCCAUCAAUGAAAUCCUUUGAAGACAAAGAUCAAGCAGAAGUACAGGAGGGAUUGCUGGUCAGAAGUCACCAACCCUGUGCAGAAUGCUUUCUUUCUUUCUCUCCUCUUCUCACUUUCGUCUUUCUGUCGUCGCACUAGAUACCCAUCUCAACACCCUUUCACUCUCGCACCUGUCGCCGCGGCGAUCACACUCACUUGGCACCGUUCGCACUACUCUU